AUGACUCCUGACAAGCUGAAGGCAGCCAAAUUUAUGCUCAAUGGUCUAAGAAAAACUGGUAUUAUUCGCCUAUCAAGAAGUGAAUUGGCGUCCGCGCUUUAUUUGUUCCAAAAGAAAGAUAGGAACGAAUGGAGGCCCUGUGGUGAUUUUAAAAGGCUCAAUGCUGUGACUGUUCCAGGCAGAUGUCCUCUGCAACGUGUUACGGACGUGGUCUUAGCUCGAAAAGGCAGAAGUUUGGAGGAGCAUCUAAAGACCCCGAAAAUGACAUCUCCCUAUCUGACGAUGAGCAAUGCUAUUUCAAAUGCAUUAAAUCAGCCUUCGUCAAAGUGA